AUGAAGGUUUUUGUAAAGACUUUGAAGGGUACUAAUUUCGAGAUCGAAGUUAAACCUGAAGAUACGGUGGUUGAUGUGAAGAAAAACAUAGAGAGUGCACAGGGAGCUGAUGUUUAUCCAGCGGCGCAACAGAUGCUAAUUUAUCAAGGGAAAGUUCUUAAGGAUGAUACAACAUUGGAUGAAAAUAAAGUUGCUGAAAGUAGUUUUAUUGUUGUUAUGUUAAGCAAGAGUAAGGUUUCAUCAGGCGGACCCUCAACUGCACCAGCUGCACCAGUUGCACCAGCUGCACCCCCAAGCCAAGCCCAACCUGCAAGUUCCUUGCCUUCCAAUGUGACACAACCAUCAAUAACAUCUCAAGCUCCUGUGCCAGCUGCAGCAUUUUCAGAUACAGACGUGUAUGGGCAAGCGGCAUCAAAUCUCGUUGCAGGAAAUAAUUUAGAAGCAACCAUUCAACAGAUUCUCGAUAUCGGUGGAGGAAGUUGGGACCGAGAAACUGUUGUUCGUGCUCUACGUGCUGCAUUCAACAACCCUGAACGAGCUGUUGAAUAUCUAUACUCGGGUAUUCCAGAGCAAGCUGAAGUUCCACAAGUUGACCAAGGUCCAGCAAAUGUUGACGCUGUAAAUCCUCCAGCUCAGGCUCCGCAACUAGCUGCACCUCCUAGCGGCGGACCAAAUGCAAAUCCGCUAGAUCUUUUUCCACAGGCAUCCUUGCGAGCUAUGGUGCAAGCAAACCCUCAAAUCCUGCAGCCUAUGCUCCAGGAGCUAGGGAAGCAAAAUCCACACCUGAUGCGUCUUAUUCAAGAGCAUCAGGCUGAUUUCUUGCGCUUGAUAAACGAACCUGUUGAAGGAGAGGGGAACGUGCUGGGCCAAUUGGCCUCUGCAAUGCCACAAGCGGUGACUGUCACCCCUGAGGAGCGUGAGGCAAUUGAACGUCUUGAAGGAAUGGGCUUUGAUCGAGCCAUAGUAUUGGAGGUGUUCUUUGCAUGCAACAAGAAUGAAGAACUGGCGGCCAACUAUCUAUUAGAUCACAUGCAUGAGUUCGACGAAUGA